AGAUGGCAAACGUCAUCUUUGUUUAAACAAAAGCUUUAUCAAAUCCGACUUUGGAAUUUCAGAUAAGCUCUAUCGAAAAUAAUGUUGUCUUGUUAAUAGAAAAUAAAACAAUAUUAGCUUUACUGCUGCUGGUAUACUGUGAUUUGAAUAAAGAAUUCUGAGGUUUAUGGUUGACCCUGUUAUGACAUUAUUUUGGUCCAAAUAAACUUUUUUUUUUAGAUGUAAACACUAGCAGCUUCUGCAGAGAAGAUCUUCCUCCAUAAUGACAACCAUACAAUCUUGGAGGUAACAAUACCUUGUUGUCUUAAGCAUGACCCACUUGCAACGUGUGAUACAGAGGUUACACUGAGUCAGAAAGAGGGACAAUGGAACCCAAAGGAACAAAAGAACCAUGUGUGAGCCUGAGAUUGAAAAGAGACGACAACAGGUGAAAUCCCUUUGGCCAGAGUUGCUGACAGGGUAUAACCCUUUAAAACGGCCCCUCUGCCCUGCCCCGUCCCCUGCCUUGUGUUGGCAGUGCAUCCCCCAUCAGCCCCUGACUGGCCUGGUAGUUACUACGCUCCUAAGGACGCCUGCUCUUAAAAACACAGGAGAGCAGCAUUGGACCUACGCGGAGAACCUUUCCUUCCUCUUUACCAUCACUUUAUUCGUAGCACAGCCACAUAGAAGUGGAGCAAAACUUGCAAAAUCAGACGCUGAAUUUUCUGAGGCUCAAUAACCAGCAGUUGGUCCAGCACAAGAGUCAGGACACACACUACCAUGAUUGAAGGUGACAGAGAAUUGUCGGCGAUGGUGCAGGAGCUCUGGGACAAUGACGUCAACAGACUCCAACCUGGCAAAGACUACAGGAUUUCUCUGCAGGGCAAAGCUGGAAACAACAUGGCCAUAAAUGACAACAGUGAUGGAGCAGGAUACCCUCUCUUUAGCUUUGUUGAUGAGAACAUCUUCAAAAAGGAGACCUUCUUAGCCUUUAUCUCCCUGUUGGACAACUACGAGAGUGACACUGGAAAACCCGAAAUCGUAACGCCUGAGGAAGAGGCAGAGAAUCACAAGUUCCUUGAUGCCAUCGUUCAAACAGCUGCUAUGAAGAGAGCUCAUAAAUACCUGGUGGAGAAGCAUCUCUCUCCUCAGGAUGAGACACAGUUCAAGAAGCAGCUUUACAGGAUCUGGUUUGAACUUUAUGCCAGGAGGGGCUCCAGCAGACCAGAUUCCUCAGGGUUUGAACAUGUAUUCGUUGGAGAGACGAGAGGAGGACGGACUGUGAUUGGCUUUCAUAACUGGAUCCAGCUCUACCUGCAAGAGAAGCUGGGACACAUCGACUACAAAGGCUACAGUGUCGACGCAAAUUCACCCCAGCCUGAUGAGAACCGACAUAUCCUGGCUCUCCAGUUCAGCUGGAAGAAAGGGAUUAAGACAAAGGGCAGCAUCUUCAUGGGUGUCAGUCCAGAGUUUGAGUUUGCCCUGUACACCCUCUGUUUUCUGACCUCACCCAAUGAGCGGGUCAAAGUCCAGUUCAGUUUCUACGAUGUGGAGAUUGUUUGCCAUCACCACAACCAGAAGCACAUAGGGACCACGUAUCCUGUGCUGCUCAGGUACCAGAACCAAGAGUAAACUCACUAGAAAGGCCUCCAUACAGUAUGACAUUUUAUAGCUAUUGUUGUCCUUUUACCUCAGAUAAAGAUGCAAUAAAGCCUUAAAAGACAGUUCUAUUGGUGUUUGUUGUUGUUGUCUAUUGUUGCCAUCUAGCUAGAAGGUAUGUCAGUUAAUAAGAGGUGUCUAGAAAGCUAAACAUACAAAGAAAAUAGAUUUACUAGCAAUUAUUCUUUAUUAUAAUUACAAUUGUUAAUCAAUUUUAAUGGCUCUGUGAUGGACUAGUCAACUGUCCACACCUUAUUACUCCCCCAUGUCUGAUGACCACUGGCGGUGGCUCCAGGGCCAUGAAUGUAAUUUUUACUAAUGUAAUUAAUCUUCGAGUACAAAGUACCCAUAUACAAGAAUAGUUACUACAAAACCAGUGGAAAUGUUCUUGCCUACUUCUGAAGCUUUACUUUUGCAAAUAGAAGAUUGGAUCCUUGCCGUUUACAUGAUCUAUGUGCACUGUACAUUGUACAGACAGUACGGGGUUUAUUUCCGUCGCUUUCACUGAGUAUUUUCACAAUUUCAGGAUUAAUUAUUCAUGUAACGUAAUGACUGAUUUUUGUUCACUCUUGUUCCGUUACGUUCCAAAGGGGGCGGUGGUUGGUUUGUUAUGGCCAUUGACGUCAAGGCCUAGAUAUGGAAAUAGUGCGUCAAGUCGACCAUAAUAUGGAGGCAAUCGGCGGCAGGUUUUUAAAAAAAUAAAAGUAUAAUAAAAAAACGUCUAUGAGAUACAGUACACGUUUAUCUGCUUUCUUUUGGAUUAGCUGCCUUAAUUGUCAUUGCGAUGACUUAUCUAAAUUAUGGUGUUAUUGCCUCAAUGCUCUGAAAAACAUGCAUCAGAAAAAUGCAUUUGAAGAAACUGAAACCAAAAACAAUCAUUAAAAUUCUCAUCUGUUUAUAUUUUUUUAUGAUUUUAUCAUAUCACAAUUAAAUGAUAUGCCUGUCUAUCAAUAGACUCUAUGGAAGGACUAGACAAAAUUAAGUUAAUGUGAAAGUAAAAUUAUGGAAGAACCCUGUACGUAAUCUGCUGGUUGGCUCUACAUCGCUUCUGAAACCAGAAAAACAUUUCCUGUGUCUUACCCGUCAACCACAAACUGUGUUGGUUAGUAGCUUUGGCAGUUAUAUAUAGAGUCACUGUUUUUUGUAAAUCUCUUUUCAUCCAUCAAGUGUAACUGCACUUCUAAGAAUGUUCUCAAUAUUUAUGGAUUGUUUCCCUUUUGUUUGAAACCUCAUGUCUGAUGUGUAACCUUUUAAACAACAAAGUGCCAGCAACGAUACUAAUACUUUCUCUCAUUUCUCUAAAUAUCAGUCAUCUACCUUUAAAGGCAGUCAGUGUUAAUGUG